UUCUGCGCAUGUCUGAAACUUCUCCCAUUUUGUUCUCUGUCUGAACUACUCAGUGAAUCAAGUUUGUAUCGAUUUUUUACUUGUAAGACAUUGAAUGUAUGGCUUCUAAGCCUUUAAACUCCCAUGCCCUUGCCUGGGAUAGGCUUUGAUAAGAAACCAUGUAGUUAGUUGAGGUUUAAAGGUGAAACAAACCAGAGCUCUGAUGCUUCCGGCCUAGCUCUAACCCCUACCCGGAGAUAUAUCGGAGCUGAACCCGGAGAUAUACGUUCGUCUUGAUCAAACAUGCUUUCAAGUUUAACCUAGUGAAAUAUAGAACUGAUCCAUCAUGGCGUGCUGUCUUUCUGAGGAGCAGAAGGAACAAAAAAGAAUCAAUGCUGAAAUUGAAAGACAAUUACGUAAAGAUAAAAGAGAUGCCCGAAGGGAGUUGAAACUUCUAUUAUUAGGAACGGGAGAGUCUGGGAAAUCCACAUUUAUCAAACAGAUGAGGAUUAUUCAUGGAGCUGGUUAUUCAGAUGAAGACAAGAAGUCCUAUAUUAAACUCGUGUUUCAAAAUAUCUUCAUGGCCAUGCAGUCAAUGAUCAGAGCUAUGGAGCUUCUUAAGAUACAGUAUCAGAACCCAAACUGUGCGGAGAAAGCGGACCUGGUUCGAAGUAUAGAUUACGAGACGGUGACGGCGUUUGAGUCUCCGUAUGUCGAGGCAAUUAAAGAACUCUGGGCGGAUAAUGGCAUUCAGGACUGUUACGGACGAAGAAGAGAAUAUCAACUCACAGAUUCAGCCAAGUAUUUCCUUGACGAUCUGGAAAGAAUCUGUGAUGUUGAAUAUUUGCCAACUGAGCAGGAUAUUCUCAGGUCCAGGGUCCCCACCACCGGCAUCAUUGAGUAUCCCUUCGACCUGGACGGGAUCGUUUUCAGGAUGGUUGAUGUUGGGGGGCAGAGGUCGGAGCGGCGUAAAUGGAUUCACUGCUUCGAGAAUGUAACGUCCAUAAUCUUCCUUGUAGCGCUCUCGGAGUACGAUCAAAUUCUUUUCGAGUCAGACAACGAGAAUCGUAUGGAGGAAUCCAAAGCAUUGUUUAAAACAAUCAUCACCUACCCUUGGUUUCAGCAUAGCUCCGUUAUUCUAUUCUUGAACAAGAAAGAUUUAUUAGAGGAGAAGAUUAUGUAUUCUCAUCUUGUAGACUACUUUCCGGAAUAUGAUGGUCCGCAGCGUGACGCCAUACAUGCUCGAGAGCAUAUCCUUCGUAUGUUCGUAGACCUAAACCCAGACACAGAGAAGAUAAUAUACUCACAUUUUACUUGUGCAACAGAUACUGAGAAUAUAAGAUUUGUGUUCGCAGCAGUCAAGGAUACAAUUCUCCAGUUAAACUUAAAGGAAUAUAAUCUGGUCUAAAUCGGAUUAUUUAUUCUCAGAUUCCCAUCCUCCAUUUACCUCCAAAUCAUGUCCCUGAUAAGAACCCGCCAGAUAGAUCCUCCUGUAUCCCGACCGUAUCUCUUUCCCGAGAUCGUCUGACGACCUCCCUACCGUGGGACGGGAACCCCCCUCAAGAGCAAUCAAUUUGCUGCUUUUUAAAGACACCGAUGAUAAAACAUUUAUCAUUCAUAUAUAUGUUUACUAGUGCCAAGUUCAGUAAGAAGAGAAGUAGCUCAGCACAGUGCCCGACGAAUAGGCUAAUUGACGAUCUCUAGCUUGUCUGGUCUGAUCAGAUAAUUCAAGGAUCUAAGCAUGCUCUUGGACGUGUCAAAGACAUGUACAAUAGAUUGAUCAAAUCAAGACUUAAGUCGACGAUUCGUCUUUGACGAUUUGAAACCAGUCUACUUGAUCGAUAACUAUUGGCCGAUCAUUUUAGUGACGAAGUCACCUUCAAAUUUGGACUUUCGGCACUUCCACUAAGGCUCUUGCUCUGUCGUAUUUUCAAUUUUUAACUGGAAAUAAUUUAUGUAAUUUAUGAUCUUAUACAUAUUGUGGCAAAAGUCUGAAAUCAAUCCGAUCAAACUGAAUUGUUUUAAAUCGAUCAAAGAUUAUUCUCAAGUUCUCUUGUUGGAUCGAUAGACAUGCUUUACUCUUUAUAUCUGAUGGAAUGUUUAUUAGAAUUGAUCUAAUCUCUCGCCUCGAUCACUGUUGAUUAAUGGAGCUAAGGCUCUUGUCCCAUUCUUUAAUUUUCUGCCAUUUUCUUGAAAGAAAACGAUGCCAACACACAUUGGGGCAUUGUACUGAAAUUAUUGUUGCGCGCCACGCUUCUGUUUUUCAUUUCGUUGCUUCAACAGCGUUGGCGCGGAAGAAAAAUUUCAGAUUAAUUUUGCGCGCGUUGAUUUGCAUUUAUUAUUUGGAGCGGAAGACGACUUUCUUGUCUAUCCUCGAUUCUUUUUAAACUGCAAAUAUUAAGGUUGGCUGACCAGGGGCGUGUGCUUCAUAAUAAUAGUUUUAAUUAUUCGAGUUUAGACCUGAAUUCAUUAUUUGUAAAUAUAGAGAACUAAAGGAGUUUAUUAGAUCGUUUUUAAAAUACUUCAAAUCCCUUUGGCUCGGAUUCAUGUUGAUCCUAGACCUCAUUUCUCCGUUUUCUUAGUUUCAAAUCUGUUUCUAAAAAGCUAGUCAGUUAAAGUUGUGGUUAUUAUUAUAAUCCCGUCCAUUUAUUUCAUUUUAGUUUUGCCUACAUGACUUUUUGUACAAACGAUUCUUUGAUAUUUUUUUUAUUUGAUUCCUUUCUGAUUUUCAGACGUUUUUCCGCUAUAUUAUUAUUUAUUUGCGCUGUGUACGGAUUCUUAACAUUUCUAACGUUUUCAAAAAAGGUUUAAGCCGACAAGGCGGCCAUCUUGGCGCUUUGCCGCGGUAUGUACGCGUUCAUGGUUUUAGUGUUUAGAUAUUUUUGAAAAUUGAAUUGACAAUGUUUUGAAUGGAAUAUUGUACGAAUGAUUAUAAUAUUAUUAUUAAUAUAGUGACUGUCAAAUCUAAGAUUUAAUAAUAAAUUUGAAAAAAAAACUU